CCGUAAGCGGCAGGAGCGUCGUGCGGCCGCCGCUCGACGCGUGAAACUUUGUUGCUGCAGCCUUGCUGCUUCAUUUCUCAUCAGCUCGCUAGCUGCCACCUAUCCUUUCUUCAGGUCUUGAUCAACAAUCAUUAUGGCGACCCUUAUUCAACUGCAAUGCGGUGCUCAAAAGUACGAUUGGGGUAAAAUCGGCAAGUCGAGCUCUGUAGCUCAAUUUGCCGCAGCGACCGAUCCGAACUUCACCAUUGAGGAAAAUUCGCCAUACGCGGAGUUGUGGAUGGGUACGCACCCGUCUGUCCCUUCGAAGGCCUUGAUUGAGAAGGCCACUUUGAAAUCUCUCCUCGAGAAAGAUCCUUCUCUGGUGGGGGAACCCGUUGCUCUGAAGUUUGAUAGCGGGUCAUCGAGUCUGCCGUUUCUAUUCAAAGUUCUCUCAAUCCAAAAGGUGCUUUCGAUUCAAGCGCAUCCGGACAAGAAACUGGCCGCUCAGCUACACAAGUCUGAUCCCAAGAAUUAUCCUGACGAUAAUCACAAGCCGGAGAUGGCAAUCGCGCUAAAUGAAUUUGAAGGUUUUUGUGGAUUUCGACCUCUUUCCGAAAUCAAAAGUUUUCUGAAUGACGUCCCUGAAUUCCGUCAGGUGGUUACAGAUAGCGUUGCUUCUGAUUUUGAAUCAAAGCUCUUGGAUCCGGCUACCAGCGCUGAUGAUGAGGCUCACAACAAGGAUUUGCUGCGUAAGCUUUUCAAUGCGGUGAUGAUCUCUCCGGAAAACGUUUACACGACGGCAGCUGCUUCCCUGAUCGAUCGCGUCAAAGCCGAGGGCGGUAAUUUUGCAAAGGCCAGCGGCGAUGCGGCGCUAGCUGACUUAAUACUACGCCUCAACGACCAAUUUCCCCUCGAUAUCGGUCUUUUCUGUGGAGUCUUUCUGCUAAACUAUGUCACUCUCAAGGCUGGCGAAGCGAUCUUUCUGAAAGCAAAGGAUCCUCAUGCUUACAUUUCAGGAGAUAUUAUAGAGUGUAUGGCGGCGAGUGAUAACGUCGUGCGUGCUGGUUUUACUCCCAAAUUCAAAGACGUCAAGAAUUUGGUGUCUAUGCUAACUUACGACUGUGCACCCGUUGAUGAGCAAAAAAUGAAGCCUGCUUCGUUCGACAGAGCCUCGGGAGAUGGAACUGUUCAUUUGUACGAUCCUCCUAUCCCUGAGUUCGCUGUUAUCCGAACUGAGAUCUCGAAUGGAAAGGAGGCCAUCGACGGGCUUGCUGGGCCUAGUAUCAUUAUCGUGACGGAAGGAACUGGCACUCUCAAUACUCCUGGGCAGCCACCGUUGAAGGCUCAGCCUGGCUUUGUUUUUUUUGCGGGUGCUGGUACGAAGGUGGAGUAUGCUGGCAACGGCGAAAUGCUCGUAACCUACACUGCAUUUUGUGAGGCUUAAAAUGUAGGUAACAUCAAA